GUUUUGGUGGGGGGUCUUCCAGGUACCAUGAGAAGGAACGAUGGGGUUCGGUCACGUGUUGUGAUUGGGGCUGCAUACACAAAAUCGUAAUUCUGCCCCCGAAGCUUCAGAAGUUUGUUCCUUAUCCCAACACGAUUCUCAUCCACGAAAGAGUAAGUUUACGCGACCUGACCCUGGCCUAUAGCUUGUAGCUUGCAGGCAUUGAGCUUGGGCUCAUGCCACCGCAUGCUACUUGUCUUGUUGACGGCAUUUCGCAUGCGCACCACAGCUGCUAACGUCUUCCAACAGCAUCGUCAAUCAAGAUGAGAGCCAAAUGGAGGAAGAAGCGGGUUCGCCGCCUCAAGCGCAAGAGAAGAAAGAUGAGGGCUCGAUCCAAAUAAACACCUCGCACCUCAACCUGACUUGACUCAUCUUCCAUGAUGUUACGACUUCACACGCACAACGAUACUCUGGCCGAAGCUGCGAACGCUACUCUGGCGCCUAUGGGAUGUCCCGCAACGUACUGAGCUGGGAUUUGACUUCGGGAACUACGUCACGGUGGUGGAACCCCGCACUUGAGCGGCUGUUGGGCACUCAAUGAACAUUAUGGGAAUGGGGAUUAUGACAAUUGGACGGUCGGGAACCAGGCGGUGUUAGGAUCAAAGACCAUCAGUCAUGCUCGCAAAAGACGAUGCAACGAGAACUUGAUUGGCAGUUCUAAGACAAAGAAAUACAGAGUAUUCCUCUGACAGUUUGUGUGCUUCGUGAUUGUGCCCUCGUGACACCAAUUAGCUCUAGCUGGACGUUGACCAAGCUCAGUCGCGCGCUAGCUGUCGGCCAAUUCUUGCAAGCCCUUCGGUCUCAGGCUAAUUGCUCUAUGUGUGAUGUCGUGUUACCAGUUCUUUCAAAUGCGAUUGAUUUCGCCGUUCCCGAAUAUUAAAAUUGCCGAUGUGUUGUGCGUGACGCUCUGUCGCAUUCAGCUCCGAGGUGGUUCGACGUCACUAAACCUACAGAGCAGCGCUACCAACCUUGGUGGAGCUACUCGGUGGGUUGCGGAGAUGGAAUGUUGAAGAUAUGGAAAUUUGGAGAUACUGGAGCUCAGCGAAAUGCAUCAACCAUCAAUUGAAUUGCAUACGACAGUAUAUAAAAUCGUCAUUCUGAAACUCUUCCAUACGGCUCUUAUAUAUUAGUUCCUCAACCCAAUUCUUCCACAUAUCUCGAUGCAACUGCGAGUCAAAAAAUUUCUAAGACCUUGUCUGUAUCAACAGUACCUCUACUCAAGAUUACAUACGAAAUCGAUAAUCGGCCAUCCAACAUGGGGAGUGAAAAGCGCAAGAGAAGCGGAGAUUCUACGAAGCCAAAGAAGAAGGUUGUUAUUGAUGCGCCUCCUUCAUCAGCGACCGUCUCUUCCGUCCUCAGACCCAAGUUCUGCCCUCCCGUGAUAGCAACGGCUGUUGGGUUCCAAGUACCAAAGAACAUUCCCUUUCACUCUUAUGCGCCCAAGAAUGGAGCCAAGUCAAAAGGCAAGCAGCCUGAAUCGGCUGCCGAAAAAGAUUUCCUGCUGCACUCGAAUGCGCAUCGAUCUAUGGACUACACGGUCAAAUCGGACGAGCCAAGAGGGAAAAAGCCAGCUUUAAAUCACUUCCUCGGAAUCUACGACCCCAAGACAGGAAAACUUGAGGUGGUCGAGGCAAAGAAGAUGACAAUGCGGGCUUCAGUACGAGCAAGGCAGGGCGCCGCUGCUACUUCUGGUCAGCGCGAUAAUAGCCAGACAAUGCUACAGCUCAAGACCGACCUCGGCCAGACAUUUGGUACCAAGAAGGCCAAGAAGGCCAUCCAAGAGAACGUCUUGAACGCUAUCGCACCGCAAAAGAAGGCUGGGGAAGAGCCUGCCAAGAUUGAUGCAGCAGCACGUGCUAUGCUCAACUCUGUCGGAGAAGUCACAUCGACCAUGUCAUCGAGAGAGGAGUUACAAGCGGUUGUGGAUGCCGCCAAGCCUGUGCCCAUUGCCAACAUGGAAGCGACCGAGAUCCAAGACGUUUACGAUCCUAAGAAGAUCAUCGGAGCCGACAUCCUCAAGCUGGUCCCCGUUCGAGAAUGGCAAGAGAAGGUACAACACAAGGAGAGCAUUCAGGUGCCGUCACGCUUUGUUGCCGCUCGGGUGAACCGCGUGGCAGGCAACGAGGAGGCGGUGGAUCGACUGCGUGUACUACGUUACUUCUUCUUCGUGCUGCUUUUCUACCUCCACAGCAAGCCUGGCAAGGCCCGUGGCACCCGAACUAUCGCACCUCGAGAGAAACUCAGGGAGUUCCUUGCUCCUGCACCCGAGGCUGUGGUUGAGAGCAUUCGCCGCAAGUUCUCCGACCGUGGCGAGAUGCGCAAGUUCCACGUUGAUCUGCUGAUAACACAUUGCUGUGUUUUCGCAAGCAUCAUCGACAACUUCGAGGUUGACACACAGAACCUACGUGACGAUCUAAAGAUCGACCAGAAGACCAUGAAUGCCUAUUUCCAGGAGAUUGGCGGUCGUGUGAAGCAUGUUACAAACAAGGAUACGAAACAACAGGUUAGCGUAGCCCGUCUAACGCUGCCAUUGAACUUCCCCAAGCAGAGGCAAUUUGCCCCAAAACGCCGAUAGGAAUGGCGUUCAAUGGAGGCGUCUGCCGAUGUGAAGAAGAAUGUUUAAGAGGAAGAGUGCGAGGAGGCAGUGUGAGCGGGUGGUUAUUGUGAUGAUUGAAAAGAAAUUGCAUGCUGAAUCUUUCGGCAAAGGAGUUUUGCGGAUGGACCGGUGAUGUCAAUGUACCUUGGGCUUCAGUAAUUCAGUGCCUACCAAGAUAACGUAGCUCGAAUGAAUUAUUCAUACACGUUAUAUACUUCUUUAAUCGAGACACUUGUGGUUGUUUCGUGAUUGGUCGUGGAUAUUUCAGCAUGCUCCUAGCUCACCUGAGUUGUAGACAGCAAAUAUAACGUAUUUAGAGC